UUUCUGGUCAUUUUGCAAAGGCGAUUUAUUCGUGUUGCAGUGAAAGCGGAUAAAAAAAUGCGAAGAAUAUUGCGCGUUUGUGCGUUUGUAAUAAUCGAUGUACUGUUUGCUGAACUCUGCACGUGCAUGCCGACGUCGCAGUUUUACAGCGGGAGUCCGGUGGUGGAGCUCCCUGGCGCUGCCAUCGCCGGGCGAGCCAGCCCGCGGCACAGCGGGGGAGCGGGGAUGGUGUACGUGCUGGUUGGUUUGGUCAGCCUCCCUCUGCUGGUCACCGUGCUGUGGCUGCUGCGCCAGUUGUGGCGCAUGCUGGCCUCCUGCGCCGGCCGGGGCUGUCCCGCCACAGCGCGCUGCGCCAGUCGGCCCGACCACGGCCUGGAGGAGGUCGUGAUCAUACCCGCCGACCGCCAGUUGCACUGCUCAGUUCCUCAGGGCGUGCCGUCUUCUAGCAGUGCCCUGCUGCGUGAUGGGGCUCUAGCAUCUUCCCAACAACAACACCAGUUUUCACCUGUUUCUCUGAAGGAAGAGAUGUUGCUUGUGUCGACUCGUGAACAUAUUCAGAGUGCAUCAACACCUGGUGACACACAAAUGGUGACCUGCCACCACCAUAUGCUCUUGUAUUCAACGGCUCCUCAAGUGGAAUGCGUUAAGUUGUUAUUCGCUGAUUACCAGUCUCCUAGCCGUCACAUAGAAGAGACGGAAGUAGAGGCCACAUGCGACCAGGAUCAAGCGGUGCUUUCACCUCCGAUGCAGGAUUUGGAACCAUUUUCUAUCCCUGAUGCCUUCGCUCCUGCCGAUGCCGACAGUGACAACACACAGUAUACCCAGGAGUUACGGAAAAUCAGCUUAAUGAAAUCAACCUUUUCAGCAGUUCUGACGGCCAGCCUCUCUGGCCUUAGGUUACUGCAAAGGACGUGGUGCGUUUUGGCUUCUAUUACGCCAUAUUGGCUCCACGACAUCACUCAACGCCGAAACAUCAAGCUUACCUAUCUGAGAGAAGUGGGGGAGGUGUUUAAAGCUUACCCUCCCGAACACCGACAAGAAUCGCCAUUUUCUCAAAGGGAAGAGGCCUUUGAUAUUUAUCCUCCUGAACAACUGGUAGUCGACACAUCGUUUCCGAGGAAAGAGGUAUGUGAGACCAAUCCCCCCGAGAAGCUGCAUGAGUCACCAUCAUUGUCAAGGGAAAAGUCCUUUGAAAAUUAUCCUUCUAAGCAGCUGCAAGAUACACCAUCAUCUUUGAGGGAAGAGGUCUACGAGACUUAUCCUCUUGAACAGCUGCAAGCAUCAACAUCAUCUUCAAGGGAAAGGUCUGUUGAUACUUAUUCUCCCGAGCAGCUGCAAGACUCACCAUCAUAUUUGAGGGAAGAGGUCUAUGAGACAUAUCCUACCGAGCUGCAAGAAGCACCAUUAUCUCCAUGGGAAGAGACUUUUGGCACUUAUCCUCCCGAGCAGCUGCAGGAUUCGCGAUCACCUUUGAGGGAAGAGGUUUACGAGUCUCUUGUACAGCUGCAAAAAUCAACAUCAUCUUCAAGGGAAAGGGCUGUUGAUACUUAUCCUCCCGAGCAGCUGCAAGACUCACCAUCAUCUUUGAGCGAAGAGGUCUAUGAGACAUAUCCUCCCGAGCUGCAUGAAGCACCAUUAUCCCCAUGGGAAGAAACUUUUGGCACUUAUCCUACCGAGCAGCUGCAAGAUUCGCGAUCACCUUUGAGGGAAGAGGUCUGCGAGACUUAUCCUCUUGAACAGCUGCAAGCAUCAAAAUCAUCUUCAAGGGAAAGGGCUCUUGAUGCUUAUCCUCCUGAGCAGCAACAAGACUCACCAUCAUCUUCGAAAGAAGAGGUCUAUGAGACAUAUCCUCCCGAGCUGCAUGAAGCACCAUUAUCUCCAUGGGAAGAGACUUUUGAUGCUUAUCCUCCCGAGGUGCUGCCAGAUUCGCGAUCACCUUUGAGGGAAGAGGUCUACGAGACUUAUCGUUUUGAACAGCUGCAAGCCUCAACAUCAUCUUCAAGGGAAGAAGCCUUUGAUGCUUAUCCUCCCGAGCAGCUGCAAGAGUUUCCAUUCCCUUUGAAGGAAGAGGUCUAUGAAACAUAUCCUCCAGAGCUGCUGCAUGAGUCACCAUCAUCUCUGCAAGAAGAGGCCUUUGAGAAGUAUCCUUCUGUAUACCUACAUGUAUCGACAUUGUCUCCGAAAAUAGAGCUCUUUGAGACCUAUUCUCAUGAACAGCUGCAAGCAUCAACAUCAUCUUCAACAGAAAGGACUGUUGAUGCUUAUCCUCUCGAGCAGCUGCAAGAUUCACCAUCAUAUUCGAUGAAAGAGGUCUAUAAGACAUAUCCUCCCAAGCCGCAUGAAGCACCAUUAUCUCCAUGGGAAGAGACUUUUGUUGCUUAUACUCCCGAGGUGCUACAAGAUUCGCGAUCACCUUUGAGGGAAGAGGUCUACGAGACUUAUCCUUUUGAACAGCUGCAAGCCUCAACAUCAUCUUCAAGGGAAGGGGCCUUUGAUGCUUAUCCUUCCGAGCAGCUGCAAGAGUUUCCAUUCCCUUUGAAGGAAGAGGUCUAUGAAACAUAUCCUCCAGAGCAGCUGCAUGUGUCACCAUCAUCUUUGCAGGAAGAGGCCUUUGAGAAGUAUCCUUCUGAAUACCUACAUGUAUCGACAUUGUCUGCGAAGAAAGAGGUCUUUGAGACUUAUCCUCUUGAACCGCUGCAAUCAUCAACAUCAUUUCCGAGGGAAGAUGUGAAUGAGACUCAUCCUUCCGAACAGCUGCAAGUGGUAUCACCACACUGGUAAAACAAGAGUUCUGGUACCUAUCCCUACUAUAAGCUACAACUACCACCGUUUCCUCCACAACAAGUUCCUUUGAAAGAAGAGCUGUAUGAAACGUUUCCUUCUUUGAAAGCUGAUAUUGUCACUACCCCUUCAGAAUAAAGAGUUAUUUUUUCGAUAAACCAA